AUGAGAGAAAUUCUGGUUAUCGGCGGAACCGGCGCUCAAGGCCUGCCGGUCAUCAAAGCCCUCUCCUUGAGCGAAAGGUUCUCUGUCCGAGUGCUUACUCGAGACGCAAAGUCCGCUCGGGCGCAAGAAGUUGCACAACUUCCAAAUGUAUCCCUGAUUGAAGGCAGACAGGAUAACCAGGAAGAUCUGCAUAAAGCUUUCAAGGGUGUCUACGGGGCAUGGGUCAACACCGAUGGCUUUACCAUUGGUGAGAAGAAUGAGCUAUUUUACGGCUGUCGAGCUUAUGAAAUCGCGAGGCACCAUAGAGUGCAACACUAUGUGUAUGCUUGUACGGACUUCGCUCUCAAGCACGCGGACUGGGAUGAGAAUUACCAUUGGGGCCAUAAUGAUGCGAAAGGCAGAGUUGCAGAUUACAUUCUAGCUCAAGGUCAGGCUGGCAUGAAAAGCUCUGUGCUUACAACUGGCCCGUAUGUGAACAUGCUCUGGGAUGGCAUGUUUGUCCCUACCCAGGAACCUGAUGGGACAUUUGUUUGGGCUAAUCCCGCAAAAUCUGGUAAAAUACCUCUUAUAGCUCUAGAGGAUGUUGGACAUUAUUCUCUUUGGCUCUUUAACAACUUGCCAGAAUCUGCGGGGAUGAAUCUCAAAAUUGCAACAGAUGAAGUUAGUUUCGCGGAUAUAGCGGCAGCCUUCACUAAGGUGACAGGGAAGAAAGGGGUGCAUCGGUAUGUACCUCUCGAAGAGUACCUACCUAUGGCAGAGCCUUUCCCAAAUGCUCCAGCCAAUUUUUACGCCGGUCCAAGUGCUGUGACGGAUGAAUCAACGAUGACAUGGCGCCAAAACUUCUCAGCUUGGUGGAAAUACUGGGGAGAGGGCCGGGCUGAACACCGAGACUUCACGCUUCUGAAUCGAAUCCACCCUAAUCGUAUCAGUUCACUGAGUGAUUGGAUGAGAAUGGUUAACUACGACGGGCAACGAAAGAAUGUGCUGAAGGGAGUUGAGGACCUGAAAAGAGCGGCCGCAGUGAUGCAGCAACAGCAAGCAGGUUCUUCGGCCUAA